UCACAGCAAGCCCGCUACAAAAGAGGAACUCCCAGCCAGCCAGCCAGAGCUGCGCCGCCUGGCUCCGGAUGGAGGGAGACAUGCAGCCCGCGGACGGAGGGCCGUGUGCGCCGAAGAUGUGCCGGCAGCAGCUGCAGCAGCGGGGUCCCUACAGCACCCUGAAACCCUUCCAGAGCAAGCGCUCGGCGGGCAAGUCUCGCUUUGACCGGUCCGCCGUGCUUCAGGUGCCCCUGUUCGAUGACGGGCAUCAUCUGACUUUCCAUCCCGAUCAGCUCCAUCCUUUCCAGCAGCAGCAUCAUCACCACCUCCAUCACCAGCAGCAGCAGCAGCAGCAGCAGCAGCAGCAGCAGCAGCAGCAGCAGCAGCAGCAGCCCAGCGUCGCCAUCAGCAGCAGUCAGCAGCAGCAGCAGCAGCAGCAUCGUCUCCCGGGUGAGAGCAGGCCCAGCAGCAGAGUCCCCUCUUCCACCUCGGCGGCGCAUCCCUCAGCAUCCCUGGCAUCCCCGGCAGCAUCCCUCGCCUCCCAGCAGCCCCGCUUCUCCCCGGACUGCACCUACGGCAUCAGCACAGAGAACCGUCUCAUCUUGGAUGCCUUUGCCCAACAGUGCAGCCGAGUCCUCAGUCUCCUCAACAAUGGUCGUCUCCUUGAGCCCCCUUCCUCCUCCUCCUCCUCCUUGACCCCUAACAUCAAGCUGGAAGAUGGACAAGUGGACACCCAAGGGCUUCACUGCUCCUCACAAAGGAAACUCAAAUCAGAAGAGAGCUCUUCUACCACAGACCCCGAGGAGGAGGCCCAACAAAGCCAUUUAAACCAACAACAGACCUCUGCUGUUCUCCGUAUCUUCACAGACUCCCUACAGAAUUAUCUUCUCUCAGGGCCCCAGCAGCAGCAGCAUCAUCUGGCUGCGGGUGUGGAGGACGAGCUGUGUCCGUCAGCAGAGCCCGGCUCAGGGGUGUCUCCCUCAAGACACAACUUGGGAGGCUGGGGCUCCCCAGCCCCAUCUGAGUCGUACGGUCACCCUUCAUCUACGCUGCCCGAGGAGGAAGAGGAGGAGGAGAGCUGCUGCCCACGCUGCCUGGAGCUGGAGCAGGAGGUGCUGUCUCUGCAGCAGGAGAACGAGGAGCUCCGCAACAAGCUGGAGAACAUUCCAGUUCCCUGCCAAAAUGUCCUUGACUACUUCAAGACUGUUCUUGAGUUUCACAACCAGCUGGUCCAGCCGAUGCCCGAGGAGCAGCUCACAGAGGAGGAAGAACGGCAGACCGUUUUUGAGGGCAGUAAACAGCUCCUGGAGAACUAUCCUCUCUUUAUCACCAAUAAGCAGUGGGAUGAGGCCGUCAACUCCUCGAAGAAAGAUGGUCGACGGCUGCUGCGCUACCUGAUUCGCUACGUCUUCACCACAGACGAACUGAAGUUCUCCUGCGGUUUAGGAAAAAGAAAGCGUUCGGUGCACUCAGGAGACCCGGGGUUGGAGAGACGACCACUCAACCCCAUCAAAGUCAGCUGCCUUAGAGAGUUUAUCCGGAUGCACUGUGCCUCAAACCCAGACUGGUGGAUGCCUUCAGAGGAGCAGAUCAACAAAGUGUUCAGUGACGCCGUCGGCCACGCUCGCCAGGGCCGGGCCAUCGGCACGUUCCUGGGCAGCAGCGGCAGCAGCACCAGCAGCCUCUACAUGGACGGCUUUGACGGACAUCUGUCACAAGACGAGAUAUAUUUGAAAGGCUGCCAGAACGGCCAGUCGGACUGAAAGUACAGAAGACAUGAAAGACAAAUGCUUGAAAUGUAGCUGUACAACCACAUAUCUGGAGACACCGACUAUAUCCUGUCAGCGAACAUAACAUUCCAGAGGUUUCUCAUAUAGACUAUAACGGCAGUCUCUCUUCAAAUCGUUUUAUAGCUUUUUGUCACCAUUUUUAUACCCCACAUAUUGUUUGGUUAGAUUUGGCUGUUUCAUUUGAGAGUUAGGGUAAGCCAUUUCUGAAUGAUGUCAUGUCCGUUGGUAUUUGUUCAAAACAUCAACCAAACACAGAGAGCUUGCGAGGGAGUUUUUCUUUUUGUUACAUUGUAUCGAAUGCUGCGGAGAUAGUUACUUACUGUAACAAAAAGUGUUCUGAGGUAGAAAUCAUGCUUACCCUACCUUUUUCAUUUUAAGCAUUAUUUGAGUCUUCCAUAUACUGGUGUUUGUAUGACUUGCUAUUUUAAGCAUUCAUCACUUUGGUAGUAAUUUCUGUUUGAUUUGUUUGUCAAUGAGUUGUUUAAGGAUAUUUGGUCUUACAUUUUUAUAAACCAUGUUAUAUGGAUGUUUAAGUGAGACAUAUCCACAUGUGACUCUGCACCACGUCCAUCAUGGAAAGUAGCAUUUAGCAUUUUCAUUUCUUUGUCACUGGUGAAAGCACCUUUACUUGGAACCCUUCUACAGGAGUGCCUCAACAAAAGUCCUUUUUGGUUACCUAAAGACUUACAUUUUGAUUAACUGUUCUCCAUUAAGUGAAUCAAUUCAGAUGUGUCAGUUCUCGCUCUAAAGUCACGUAUGUAGCAAUAUAAUUUCUGAUCACAAGACGCAGCAUAUCCUGUGGAAGUUCCCGCGUUCUCCCCUGGCCUCCAGUGGGUUGAAGUGGAUGGGAUAUCCUGGACUGUCCCUACCCUUUAACACAGUACUGUCAGUGGCUCUUGUACUGGAUCGUCAAUACAGUAAAUCUUAUAUUUCCCAAUGUGGUCAGAAGUUUAUUGCUACAUAGAGUAGCUUUAAAAGGAAAAGUGUAUUUAAACAGGAACAUUUCUUGAAUUGUGUUGAAAUCCAGCUUCCUUUGUUUUGGUCAACGACAUUCUUGUUGGAAAAUAUAGCGAAAUAUAGCAAAUUAUUCAUAUUGCAAAAAGACACAUUCACCAUAGUGUUGUAUUCACAACCAGUAACAGGUGGUUUUUAAUGUCGUCUCAUGCCCCUUUGGUGGUCCUGCCACCCAGCUUGAGUAUCACUGAAUUAUACUAUUAUUAUGUCGUGCUACAGUGGCCUUGAGGUGCUAAAAAUGUUGAAAAGCUGAAAACCUUGCACAUAACACAUCUAAAAAAGUAUUAAAAAAAAAUAAAUUAAAUGCCAAUUUUGAAAGAUAAUAUCAAAAGCUGCACUUGGUUAGAAUACAUAACUAAAAAUCACUAUUUUAGAAAAUACAUCAAAACUAUUAGCUAGAAAAGAGGCCUAACUAGACUCCUUUAGCUAAAAACAAUCCACUGAAAAAUAUUUUAGAAAAUACAUUGAAAAAAUAGUCUGAAACUCAAAAUAAAAACCUGACAAUAAUAACCAAUAGUAUUUCAGCAAAGCACUUCAUCAGAAGUAAAACCUACAUCAAAUGUUACAUUUCAAAUUAUACUUUUUUCUGUCCCUUAUUCCAAUUUUUUUUUCUUUUACUUUUUAUUAAUUUGUUUUUUGCAGAUGUUCUAUCUUCUCUAAAGGUCACAUGAAGCCUCCUUUUUAUAUUUUAGUUUUUGUUGGCAGUAGUAAAGAUGCUGCUGCCAGUUUACCUGUAUGUUGAACACAAGAAAAAAAAACCAUGAAAAUGCAAAGUAGACUUUUUCUUUUUAUUUAUAUAGUUUUAUAUCAGAUUUUUGUUCUGUUUUGUGUUUUUUUCAUCCAUCCUUACAGAAAGGAUUGUUAACAAAAACAACCACACACUCUACUAUAUUUCACAAACAUGCUCAUUUUAUGUUGUGACUGUAAUAUAAAAAGCCUUUUUGUGUUUGGAUGGGUCAAGUGUUUUGGUUUAAGGCAGCUGCCAUGUAAUAAAGCCUUAAACGUGUUAGAAGACCUUUAACGGUAUAAAUUAUUCAAGCUGUGGUUCGGAUAUCAUGUAAUGUGUGUUGUUUCCCACAAAUGACUGGAUGACCUGCGUCCUGACAAAGAUGGGUUUAAAAAAAAGCUUGUUAUUUGCACUUUUCAUUCUCAUUGUCCCAAACCGUCCUCAAAGUUUAACAAUUCUUGCUCUGAUUUGAUUUGACUCUCACAAACCUGUCUUCAUGACAUUUUUCUGCGUUUUGAAUGUACCGGGUUAUUAGGACAGUCCCCUGCGUCGACAGUGCUGUGUAAAUGUGUAAUAUAAAGUACAUGACUCCCUCUUUGAAAAAGCCAAGUAGAAAAAGUGCCACAGAAACCUUAAAACGCUUGGAUUGUGUUGUUGUGUUGCUGUUCUGGAUGUGAGCGUUGGGUUGUAUUUACUCCUCUACCCUGAAAGUGGCUGUUAUCAACACUGUGAAACA